AGCCGAUGUAGGGUCCGACUGCUCGUUGAAGUGGUUCUUCGUACAAGGCAGGCACUGGCAGUAACAAAUUCACGACGCCGGACGCCGAUCGCUGCGCUGCACGGUUUUCGAUAGCUAGCAAAAAUGGAGAAAUCUUGCUCUCUUCUCGUACAUUUUGACAAGGGCACACCGGCUCUAUCUAAUGAGAUCAAGGAUGCACUAGAGGGAAAUGAUCUUCCAGCUAAGAUUGAUGCCAUGAAAAAUGCUAUAAUGCUUUUACUCAAUGGUGAAACUCUACCUCAACUUUUCAUUACUAUAGUUAGAUAUGUUUUACCCUCUGAGGAUCACACUGUUCAGAAGUUGCUGUUGCUCUAUUUGGAGAUAAUUGAUAAGACCGAUGGAAAGGGUCGUGUGCUUCCAGAAAUGAUCUUAAUCUGCCAGAAUCUCCGGAAUAACCUACAACAUCCUAAUGAAUACAUCUGUGGUGUCACACUGAGAUUCCUUUGUCGGCUUAGUGAAGUGGAGAUCAUUGAACCUUUGAUCCCGUCCAUUAUGUCAAACUUGGAGCACCGCCACCCUUAUGUCAGAAGAAAUGCAAUUCUUGCAGUUAUGUCAAUUUACAAGCUCCCGCAAGGUGAGCAGCUCUUGGUUGAUGCUCCAGAAACAAUGGAGAAGUUUCUAUCGACAGAACAGGAUUCAUCAGCCAAAAGGAAUGCCUUUCUUAUGCUCUUCAAUUGUGCCCAAGAUCGUGCUAUUAAUUACCUAUUGAUUCAUGUUGACAAAGUGUCGGGCUGGGGGGAACAGUUACAGAUGAUUGUUCUAGAGCUUGUCCGGAAAGUUUGUAGGACAAAUAAAGCUGAAAAAGGAAAAUAUAUCAAGAUUAUUAUUUCUUUAUUGAAUGCUCCUUCAGCGGCUGUUGUUUAUGACUGUGCUGGGACACUUGUUUCUUUGUCUUCUGCUCCCACAGCUAUCAGAGCUGCGGCAAAUACAUAUUGUCAGCUUCUUCUCUCUCAGAGUGACAAUAAUGUUAAGCUCAUUGUGCUUGAUCGAUUGAAUGAACUCAAAUCUUUCCACAGGGAUAUUAUGUUUGACAUGAUAAUGGAUGUUCUCAGGGCAUUGUCAAGUCCUAACCUUGAUAUCCGCAGGAAAACACUUGACAUUGUUCUGGAACUGAUUACACCCCGUAAUGUCAAUGAGGUGGUUCUUACUUUGAAAAAGGAAGUUGUGAAAACUCAAAGUGGGGAGCUUGAGAAGAAUGGGGAGUACCGACAGAUGCUCAUUCAGGCUAUCCAUUCUUGUGCAAUAAAAUUCCCUGAAGUAGCCAGCACAGUAGUUCAUUUAUUGAUGGAUUUCUUGGGAGACAACAACAUUGCAUCUGCGACGGAUGUUAUUGUUUUUGUGCGAGAGAUUAUUGAAACCAGCCCUAAGUUAAGGGUUUCCAUUAUCACAAGGCUUAUGGAUUCUUUUUACCAGAUACGAGCAGCAAGAGUUUGCACCUGUGCUCUUUGGAUUAUUGGGGAGUAUUGUCUAUCCCUUUCUGAAGUCGAAAGUGGCAUUGCAACAAUAAAGCAAUGUCUUGGAGAUUUACCCUUCUUUUCGGUUUCAGAGGAUGAGGAGAAAAAGGAGGGAGCUGAAUCUUCAAAGAAAGUGCAACAGCCAACUUCAAUGACAGUUUCAUCUAGAAGACCGGCCAUCCUUGCAGAUGGAACUUACGCCACUCAAAGUGCUGCCUCUGAAACUGCUUUCUCAGCUCCUGCUUUAGUUCAAGGAUCUUUGAGCCUGGGAAAUUUGAGAGCCCUCCUCCUUACUGGAGAUUUUUUCCUAGGAGCAAUUGUUGCAUGUACUCUAACAAAGCUCAUUCUGAGAUUGCAGGAGGUUCAACCAUCAAAGAUUGAAGCGAACAAAGCAUCAGCUGAUGCGUUGAUAAUUAUGAUUUCGAUAUUGCAGCUGGGGCAAUCCUCAGUUCUUCCGCACCCAAUUGAAAAUGAUUCUUAUGACAGGAUUAUUCUCUGCAUAAGAUUGCUGUGCAAUACAGGGGAUGCUAUUAGGAAGAUUUGGUUGAAGUCCUGCCAUGAGAGUUUUGUCAAAAUGCUUUCAGAUAAACAGCAGCGUGAAACUGAAGAAAUCAAAGCUAAGUCUCAGGUUUCUCAUUCACAGCCUGAUGACCUCAUUGAUUUUUACCAUUUGAAGAGUCGCAAGGGCAUGAGUCAGCUAGAGCUGGAAGAUGAGAUUCAGGAUGAUCUUAAGCGUGCUACUGGGGAAUUUGUUAAAGAUUCCGAUGAUGAAAAUAAAUUAAAUCGCAUCAUUCAACUUUCUGGAUUCAGUGACCCUGUAUAUGCUGAGGCUUAUGUGACAGUUCACCAUUAUGAUAUUGUUUUGGAUGUUACAGUUGUUAAUAGAACAAAAAGUACUCUGCAGAAUUUGUGUUUGGAGUUGGCUACAAUGGGUGAUCUGAAGCUUGUUGAGCGCCCUCAGAAUUAUACUCUAGCACCCCAGUCUAGCAAGCAAAUAAAAGCAAAUAUUAAGGUCUCAUCCACUGAAACUGGAAUCAUAUUUGGCAACAUUGUUUAUGAGACCUCAAAUGUGCUUGAGCGAACUGUUAUUGUCCUCAAUGAUAUCCACAUUGAUAUCAUGGACUACAUAUCACCAGCCGUGUGCAGUGAUGCUGCUUUUAGAACCAUGUGGGCAGAAUUUGAAUGGGAGAACAAGGUUGCUGUGAACACGACAAUUACAGACGAGAGAGAAUUUCUCGACCACAUAAUCAAAUCUACCCAUAUGAAAUGCCUGACUGCACCAUCUGCUCUAGAAGGCGAAAGUGGCUUCUUGGCUGCUAACUUGUACGCCAGGAGUGUCUUCGGGGAAGAUGCUUUGGUAAAUGUCUGCAUCGAGAAACUAACAGACAGCAAACUCGAUGGAUAUAUUAGAAUUCGGAGCAAGACUCAGGGAAUUGCUCUCAGCUUGGGCGACAAAAUCACUCUCAGACAAAAGGGCGGCGACUGAUUAUCGAUCUUUCUGGUAAUUUGAUCAUAUUACUCUCUCUAUUCAGUAGUUCACUCAUCUUUUGAAACCAGUUUUUGAUAAUAUCCCAUUUUGGUGCAACAUAUUAUUCCUAGUAACAUUGUCUGUGUCUUGAGUUGGUUGCCUGCAAUAUAUAGUUGUUGGAGUAGGAAUAAACAUGUCCGAUUGAAAUCUUCUCGUUUAGUUUGUCAACCUCAUUAUGAAAAUAAGAAAUGACAA